AUGGCGACUGUCGCUGUAGUGGAAACUCCAUCAGGAAAAGAUGCAAUUGCUGAGGGAUUGUUUGAGCUUUUGAAACCAGCUGUGCAACAGCUUGAUCUUCAUGUACACUCAGUCAGAGAAAGUCAAGUAGAGCUUCGAGAACACAUUGACAAUUUGGCAACAGAGCUGUGCAGAAUCAACGAACACCAGAAGGUGGCACUAGACCUUGACCCCUACGUUAAAAAACUGCUCAAUGCUAGACGCAGAGUGGUGUUGGUAAAUAACAUAUUACAGAAUGCACAGGAGCGUCUGCGAAGGUUGAACCACAAUGUUGCUAAGGAGACGGCACGAAGGAAGACGAUGCUUGAGACAUCUGGAGCGUUUGCUACCCGAUCACCCAGCAAGCCAUGAUGCACCCAGCUGAUGUACCAGAGGCUUCACCGUCGCACUGUGUCCAAAGCCAAGCUACAGACUAUUGUACAUACAUACAUACAUACAUACAUACAUACAUACAUAUAUAUAUAUGCAUAAUAUUCUCACCUGAAGUCUAAGGCUCCUACCUCACAGAGAUGCACUGGGCUAUGCAUAGCAUCCUGCAGCAGCGGAGCAGCACGAUUCACAGAAAACCCUUCAUUUAAAGGUGGUCUGGAAGACUGCAGUGGCUCGUAGACUUAGUAUUGUCUGUCUUUGUUUUUUUUUUUUUUUCCCCCGCAAGAUUACAGUUGACCGUACAAAGUAAAGGAGUGAGUUACAUGGUAAUAGACACCUCCUUUUUCAUGUUUUAAUAACCAUGCAGUUGUUAAUGUGUUUAAUGUACUAGAGAGCUGAAUUUAGCAUGUAUAGAUACUGCCUCUUCGAGGGGAGCAACUUAAAGGAACCAGUGCUUGAUAAAAAAGAGUCAAAAAGCUUGUUUUGCAUUGAGAUUUAAAACUAAAAUGUUAGAAUAUUCAUGGAUAGUUGCAAAUGAUUUUUCAGUGCCCUAGUUGCUGAAUCCCAUUUUGAAAGGUGAAAACGUUCUUUGCUGGAUGGCUUCGACCAUUAGAAGACCAUUUUAAAUGCUACAUAUCGAUAAAUUACACAGUAAAUUAAACAACAGCCCAGACAUUUUCAAUAAAAAGAUUGGGAAAAGAAAAAAAAGGUGAAAGAAUGUUACAGCAGCAUUUUGGUACGACAUGUACAUUCUAGAAUUGAAGAAAUAUUGUCUGAUUGUAAGGAUUCUUAUUAUCCUGUUAUCUUUGUGUCAACAUACAUGUUAGCGUAAUCAUUGUUUCCCUGUAAGGUGGUGAAUCAAGAAUUUUGCACAUGUGUGAACAUCACAAGCAUAAAAUGAGUUCUGUGCUU